AUGCAACUUAAUGACAGAGAUUGUCUUAUUAAAGUGAAACAUCUGCGGCGAAAGAAGACAGAGGCCAGGAAGCGCCUUGAGGAAGCCGAAGCUACACUCAGGACGCUAUCAUUACCAGGUGAUGGGUGCCCUGGCCGCGACGCGGCCUAUUUUUUGGGCCAGUGGAUGGCCCAACGAGCUCGUCAGCUGGACGUCAUUGAGGAAACUAAUAAGGAGAAACGGGAUAAGAUCAGCGUUUUACUGACGUUGGAGGAAGGACUUCACAUUGCUCUCGCCCAACUAGAGACAUUGCAAAAGAAACGAAGACAAGCACGAACUCAAGAUAUGUUGGGUGUCAAUUCCCAACAAACCACUGCGAUCCUAGCAAUAUCUGUUGCACGGGCAAAGAUGUAUGAAGCUAGAGUUGGCGUGAUCGAAGCGCGACUACGACGGCAUCGCAACACAGGUACCAGACAGCAACAGCACAUGGUGAAGGUUUGCAGCAAUCGAGCAAAAGACCUCCGCAAUAAGUACAACACGUAUAGUCGUCGGGUUCAAAAAUACCAUACCAAUUACCGCACACGUCCACGCGUGGAGCUGCCGGACUUUGAAACAGUUGAGGCCAUGGAUGUUGAUGAUCCAUUUUGGAAUCGAGGAGAGAAUGAAGUAGAACCGGGGAAUGAGCCGGAAGCAGAGCGAAACAGGCGAGGUAUCGAUGCCUACUUGGCCCGGAGGGGAGCUCUAGAGGAGCUGCGUCGAAUUGCGCGUGAAAGUCGCCAUAUGAUGGGGUGGGCAAUAGAGUAUCACCGCCGCAUCAAGUCAUUGAAGAGUGCUUUAGAACAAGGAAUUACACCCUUUAUAUCAGAAUCGGUUGUGAUUGAUGACUACUUUAAUCACUGA